UGUUAUUUGAUAAAGAUAGAGCUAAGACCCUGUUCACUGUCUACGCGUUACCGAUGAGUAAACCAUAGACAAGUAUUCUGUUCAGUGAUAUAUUAUUUUAAAGUGUUUGUAAUAUAAAUAAUACUUAGUAUUUACGUGUGUUUAAUUAAUAUUAGAAAGAUAUUUUCGGAAUUUCAUGUGAAGCCGUCCGGGAAUUCAGUUUCGUCGCGUUAAUUACUUACGUUUAUUAUACAUUUAUCUUCACUUCGUGGACUUAAACGAAGCAAACAUUGAAGGUACGUGGGACUGGUGUUCUCCACCCCUUAGACUCCAUUCAACCCUAGGUGCACGAUCUAGUGCACUGCAUAUGGGUUCAAUGGAGCCCGAUUCACCAUUGCCUAAUAGGCUGACGCACGUGUCAGAUAAACAUCCAAGAUGUGUACUUGCCGAGUUCAGUGUGAUGCGUCGCCAUCGUGAGUUGUGCGAUGUCGUACUUAACAUCAAUAAUCGGAAAAUAUUUGCCCACCGCAAUAUACUAUCUGCGUGCAGUCCAUAUUUUCGUGCCAUGUUCAAUGGAGAUUUGGCUGAAUCACGACAAACCGAAGUUACUAUACGGGAUAUGGAUGAAAUAGCUAUGGAACUGCUAAUCGAGUUUUGUUAUACGGCACGAAUUACAGUUGAAGAAUCUAACGUCCAAACACUUUUACCCGCUGCUUGUUUAUUACAGUUAACUGAAAUUCAAGAUAUUUGCUGCGAGUUUUUGAGAAGACAACUCGAUCCAUCAAACUGCCUCGGUAUCAGAGCAUUUGCCGAUACUCAUUCUUGCUUAGACUUAUUGCGUGUGGCUGACAAAUACACACAGCAUAAUUUUCAAGAAGUUAUGGAAAGUGAAGAAUUUCUCUUGCUGCCCGUUUCACAAUUAAUUGAUUUGAUUGCUAGUGAUGAAUUAAAUGUAAGAACAGAAGAACAAGUAUUCAAUGCUGCCAUGUCAUGGGUGAAGUAUAAUAUAUCAGAGAGACGACAGAAUCUUCCACAAGUUCUUCAACACGUGAGAUUACCACUCUUAAGCCCAAAGUUUUUGGUUGGCACAGUAGGAGCAGACUUGUUAGUUCGUAGUGAUGAAACGUGUAGGGACCUCGUCGACGAAGCUAAAAAUUACUUACUUUUACCCCAAGAGCGGCCUCUAAUGCAAGGACCUAGAACCAGACCCCGCAAACCUACUCAGCGGGGCCAACUCUUAUUUGCUGUCGGCGGUUGGUGUAGUGGAGACGCUAUAGCUUCAGUGGAACGUUAUGAUCCGCAAACUGAAGAUUGGAAGCUCCAAGCUCAAAUGAGUAAGAGAAGGUGUGGUGUUGGCGUGGCUGUACUAAAUGAUUUGUUAUACGCUGUUGGCGGCCAUGACGGCCAAUCUUACCUGAACAGUAUUGAGCGCUAUGAUCCACAAACUAAUCAGUGGUCUUGUGAUGUUGCUCCUACGACUUCAUGUCGCACAAGUGUUGGAGUGGCUGUUUUAGACGGUUUGCUGUAUGCUGUUGGUGGCCAAGACGGUGUUCAAUGUUUAAGCCAUGUUGAGCGUUAUGAUCCCAAAGAAAAUAAAUGGAGUAAAGUAGCUCCUAUGACUACAAGGAGAUUAGGUGUUGCCGUUGCUGUAUUAGGAGGUUAUUUGUAUGCAAUCGGUGGUUCAGACGGUCAGUCGCCAUUGAGUUCUGUUGAACGUUAUGAUCCGAGGCAAAACAAAUGGACUAUUAUGGCUCCGAUGUCGACAAGACGAAAACAUUUGGGAUGUGCAGUAUAUAAAGACAUGAUAUAUGCAGUUGGUGGACGAGAUGAUUGCAUGGAGCUAAGCAGUGCAGAAAGAUACAACCCACAUACUAAUAUGUGGUCACCAAUAGUAGCAAUGACAUCUAGAAGAAGCGGCGUAGGGUUAGCAGUUGUGAAUGGUCAACUAUAUGCAGUUGGCGGAUUUGAUGGAUCUGCCUAUUUGAAAACAAUUGAAGUAUAUGAUCAGAGUCAAAAUCAGUGGAGGCUUUGUGGCACCAUGAACUAUAGAAGACUCGGAGGCGGUGUUGGAGUAAUGAGAUCCCCUCAAACUGAUAACAACUUCUAAAUUACUCUAAAACUAUAACUGUAUUAUAUGUUAAUCAUUAAGAUAGGUACACUGUACAAAAUUAAAUCAUGCUACGUAACAAUUAACUAAUACAUUUAUCUUGCAUUUACCUAUUAAUUGUAGAACUAUUGAUCUGUGUAUUUUAUUUUAUUCUUAAUUGUUAUAAAACCAAUGCUUUCAAAUUGUAAAUCUGCACUUUAAAAAUAUUAAAAAUGUAAUUAUUAAUUAUGGAUGUAUACCAAGUAUCACUUUUGUUUUAACAAUUGACAGUGUGAUAAAAUUAGU